CCCCCCGCACAGCCCCCCGCACAGCUCCGGCACAGCUUCUUAUACAGAUGGGGACUGGUGGGAAAGUGGUCAUCAGGUCAUUCUUUUCCGUCCUCUGCUCCAUGGGAGACAGGUGAACAGAGGUUCCCUGCUUUAGCAUGAUGUCUUCAUUUUUCCGCUAUGACUUUGAAGGAAUUUGGUGGACAGGUAAAUAUCUGGCUAAUUCAUUUCUCCUUCAGGGAUUAUCAGGGACUGUCUCAGAUGACACCAUCUGAAUCUGACUGCCAUAGUAAUAAUAAAAAUAAUCACCAUGCUGACUGACCCUGGCUCCACGUCAUUCAGAGCUGGCUGGAUACCCUAAGCGGGAGGCCCUGGGGUCAGAGGUCAGGACUGAUCUCCCCCACCACUGGAGACACCCCCCAGCACUGUUACUCCAGCAUGAGUAACUCUCUUCAGACACAGGACAGAGAGCUCAGCGGCACAGGAGAGCGGGUGUUACAGGAGAGCGGGUGUUACAGGAGAGCUCGCGUUACAGGAGAGCGGGUGUUACAGGAGAGCUCAGCGGCACAGGAGAGCGGGUGUUACAGGAGAGCUCAGCGGCACAGGAGAGCGGGUGUUACAGGAGAGCGGGUGUUACAGGAGAGCUCGCGUUACAGGAGAGCGGGUGUUACAGGAGAGCUCGCGUUACAGGAGAGCUCGCGUUACAGGAGAGCUUGCGUUACAGGAGAGCGGGUGUUACAGGAGAGCUCGCGUUACAGGAGAGCUCGCGUUACAGGAGAGCUCAGCGGCACAGGAGAGCUCAGCGGCACAGGAGAGCGGGUGUUACAGGAGAGCUCAGCGGCACAGGAGAGCGGGUGUUACAGGAGAGCUCAGCGGCACAGGAGAGCGGGUGUUACAGGAGAGCUCGCGUUACAGGAGAGCGGGUGUUACAGGAGAGCGGGUGUUACAGGAGAGCUCAGCGGCACAGGAGAGCGGGUGUUACAGGAGAGCUCAGCGGCACAGGAGAGCGGGUGUUACAGGAGAGCGGGUGUUACAGGAGAGCUCAGCGGCACAGGAGAGCGGGUGUUACAGGAGAGCUCGCAUUACAGGAGAGCUCGCGUUACAGGAGAGCGGGUGUUACAGGAGAGCGGGUGUUACAGGAGAGCUCGCGUUACAGGAGAGCUCGCGUUACAGGAGAGCUCGCGUUACAGGAGAGCUCGCGUUACAGGAGAGCUCAGCGGCACAGGAGAGCGGGUGUUACAGGAGAGCGGGUGUUACAGGAGAGCUCAGAGGCACAGGAGAGCGGGUGUUACAGGAGAGCUCGCGUUACAGGAGAGCUCGCGUUACAGGAGAGCGGCCGUUACAGGAGUGCUGGCAGCGGACAGCGUCACUGGUAGAUUAGGAUGGCACAUUAAAACAGAGUGGGGGAGGGCUUAAUGAGGACCCGUAUGACUCAGAUCCAGGCUCAUGUGACAGGGCAGGAUGUUUGUGUGCAGUGCAUUGUGGGAGUUUCCCUGGGGUUUCUCUGCCUCUGAAGGCUGCGAGACGCAGUCAGUGGAGAUAUAUGAUAGGGUCACUGCUGUGUGGAAAAGGCCAGCUAUUAAUAUCCCCGCAGGAACCCCCCCCCCCAACAACACUGCAGGGUCCUGCUCCGGCACCAGGCCUGCAGGCCCCAUAAUCUGCCCAUUAACUCACGCUGUACUGGCUGAGAUACCUGAAAACAAACACCAGUAACCGUGCUGGGUUUAUUUUUAGUGUGUAAAUGUCAUUACACCUUCGAGCCCAGUGUUCCAGCAUGUGUUUUCCCUCUGCAUAUGCUGUUGUGCUCAUUCAUGUCAAAAGGACGGAGGACUGAUCUCCCAGCUAGACGACGAUUCCAAGGUGACGAUAAUUAACCUACAAUCCUCAUAAAAGGGAGCAAUCACACAGUCAAACAGAACAGACAGUGCUGCACUCACCUCUGCAGACAGAACUAAUAAAUAAGCUAAAAAAUUAAAAGACAGCAGGCUGAUAAAAACAAAUGACUCACUGCUACUCCUGAAAUGGCCCCAUUACAUCAUUAGGUUGCAGUGUAUGGAAAAAACGGUCUGUUUACAGGCUGCUGCCGUGCCACAGGCCCUGCCCUCUGAGAGGCAGAAACUCACUGUCAACCCAAAGCAACCAAAAGAGCCAAACUCUGUGUCACUGGGACAGCCUGGUCCUCCCAGCCACCCCACCCAUCAGCACAAUGAAGCACUCAGAGCCGGUUAGGCCUGCCUUAGAGUCACACAGUCAGAGUGC